ACUCAUAUAUAUUUUUCAUGAGCAUUUUGUGUAGACGGUCCAACAAUUUUUUAUUUAAUUUUUCUAAUAUUUGUGGUGUAAAAAGAAUAUAAUUAAUAAGCAAUAAAAAACCACAUCACCGUCUAAUUCUUAUAUUCCAAAAUGCUGACCAAUUUCGAAUCAAAAUCAGCCCGUGUUAAGGGUCUAUCCUUUCACCCCAAACGCCCAUGGAUUCUCGUAAGUCUUCACAGCGGAGUCAUUCAAUUAUGGGACUACCGGAUGCAUACGUUGCUCGAAAAGUUCGACGAACACGAUGGCCCCGUCCGAGGAGUUGCCUUCCAUUGCCAACAACCAUUAUUUGUCUCCGGUGGUGACGAUUACAAAAUCAAAGUCUGGAACUACAAACAACGUAGAUGUAUUUUCACUCUACUCGCUCAUUUAGACUACGUCCGAACUGUGGUAUUUCAUCAUGAAUAUCCAUGGAUUCUCAGUGCGUCUGAUGAUCAAACUAUUCGUAUUUGGAAUUGGCAAUCUCGCAACUGCAUUUGUGUCCUCACCGGACACAAUCAUUAUGUAAUGUGUGCUCAAUUCCAUCCCAGCGAGGAUCAAAUUGUGUCGGCUUCCCUCGAUCAAACUGUUCGGGUUUGGGAUAUUUCUGGUUUGCGUAAGAAGAAUGUUGCCCCCGGACCUGGGGGAUUGGAUGAUCAUUUGAAAAAUCAUCCUGGAGCUACCGAUUUGUUUGGCCAAGCUGAUGCAGUGGUCAAACAUGUUUUGGAGGGACACGAUCGUGGUGUAAAUUGGGCUAGUUUCCAUCCGACUUUGCCACUGAUUGUUUCGGGAGCUGAUGAUCGUCAAGUUAAGUUGUGGCGAAUGAAUGAAUAUAAAGCUUGGGAGGUGGACACUUGCCGUGGACAUUACAAUAAUGUUUCAUGUGUCUUGUUCCAUCCCCGUCAAGACUUGAUCAUUUCGAACAGUGAAGAUAAGAGUAUUCGAGUAUGGGACAUGACGAAGCGACAAUGUUUGUACACAUUCCGAAGGGAUGGCGAGCGUUUCUGGAUAUUGACUGCACAUCCAACUCUCAAUUUAUUCGCAGCUGGCCAUGACGGAGGAAUGGUUGUAUUCAAAUUGGAAAGGGAACGUCCAGCCUAUGCAGUCCACGGAAACAUCUUAUACUACGUCAAGGAGCGAUUCCUUCGUAAAUUAGACUUUACAACAACCAAGGACACUGUUGUCAUGCAAUUGCGUGGAGGUGGCAAAUCUCCAGUACACAGCAUGUCUUACAACCCAGCCCUAAAUGCCGUACUCCUGUGCACCCGAACAAACAAUUUGGAGAACAGUACAUACGAUCUAUGCCAAAUUCCCAAAGAAUCCGAAUCGACUUCUCAAAGCGAAACCGAGAGCAAACGCUCGUCAGGUAUUACAGCUAUUUGGGUGGCUCGCAAUAGAUUUGCCGUCUUGGAUCGCAAUAGUCAGUUGGUGAUUAAAAACUUCAAGAACGAAGUGACUAAGAAGAUUCCAACUUUCUGUGAAGAGAUCUUCUAUGCUGGCACUGGAAUGUUGCUGAUUCGUGAUCCAGAAUACGUUACUUUGUAUGAAGUACAACGUUUGGUUUCAGUUGGAUGCAUUAAAUUGGCUAAAUGCCGUUAUGUUGUUUGGUCUGGUGACAUGUCACUGGUUGCAUUGCUAUGUAAGCAUUCGGUGACGAUCUGCGAUCGUCGCUUGCAAUACUUGUGUACUAUUCAAGAGAAUACUCGUGUAAAGUCGGGAGCUUGGGAUGACUCUGGGGUCUUUAUAUACACCACUAGCAAUCACAUCAAGUAUGCAAUUACCAAUGGUGAUCAUGGCAUUAUCCGGACACUCGAUUUACCAAUCUACAUUACUCGUGUGAAGGGAAAUCAAGUCUUCUGUUUGGAUCGGGAGUGUCGUACACGAGUUUUGCACAUUGAUCCAACAGAGUAUAAAUUCAAGUUGGCUCUAAUCAAUCGCAAAUACGAUGAAGUUCUUCAUAUGGUUCGGAAUGCUCGCCUGGUUGGACAGAGUAUUAUUGCUUAUUUGCAAAAGAAGGGAUAUCCCGAGGUGGCUUUGCAUUUUGUCAAAGAUGAAAAGACCCGCUUUGGUCUUGCUCUAGAAUGUGGCAAUAUUGAAAAUGCCUUAGAAGCUGCGAAGGCUUUAGACGAUAAGGACUGCUGGGAUAGGUUGGGUCAAGCUGCUCUUUUGCAAGGUAAUCAUCAAGUUGUAGAGAUGUGUUAUCAACGAACAAAGAACUUUGAUAAACUCUCAUUCCUGUAUUUGAUCACUGGAAAUCUUGAAAAACUUAAGAAGAUGAAUAAAAUUGCUGAGAUCCGUAAAGAUGUAUCUGCUCAGUAUCAGGGAGCACUUUUACUUGGUGAUGUUCAAGAGAGAGUGAAUAUCUUAAAGAAUUGUGGCCAAAUGUCUUUGGCAUAUCUGACUGCAGCUACUCACGGUCUUGAUGACCAGGCUGAUGUCAUCAAGGAAACCAUCACAAAAGAAGGAAACGCUCUUCCAGAGGUGAAUGAUAAUGCUGUUUUGUUGAAGCCGCCAGUGCCAAUUCAACAGGUAGAAAGUAACUGGCCAUUGUUAACGGUUUCAAAGGGCUUCUUCGAGGGAGCAAUGUUAGCCAGAGGUGGAGCGUCAAAUGUACGACAAGCUUUGAAUAUCAGUGAAACAGCUGCUGUUGUUGAGGAUGCUGGUGGUGAUGGCUGGGGAGCUGAUGCUGAUUUGGGUCUAGAUGAACAAGAUGAUGAAAUGCACGAUGCUUUGGAUAAUGAAGAAGUUGGCGAUACCGAAGGAGCUGGUUGGGAUGUUGGUGACGAUGAUUUGGUUGUUCCCGAAGAAUUAGCCCAGAGAAUCAAAACGAGUGCCAAUGAUGGUGGUAGUUAUUACGCUGCUCCCAACAAAGGAUUGUCUCCACCACAACACUGGGCCAAUAAUUCUUCACUUGUUUUGGAUCACAUUAAAGCCGGAUCAUUUGAGAGUGCAUUCAGAUUGCUAAACGAUCAAAUAGGAGUUGUCAAUUUUAAGCCUUUCAAGACUCUCUUUUUGCAUAACUUUAUUGGUUCAGCGGCUAGCUUUAAAGCAAUGCCCAAUGUCAAGUCCCUCAAAGCAUACCCGCUGCGUAAUUACACAGAAACAAAUCCCAAAAAUGGCAGACCUGCACUCGGUAUAAAACUUAAUGACUUAGUUCAACGUCUGCAAGCUGGAUAUCAACUAACUACCACUGGCAAAUUCACAGAAGCCAUUGAAAAAUUCCAUUCAAUCUUGAUAAGCAUUCCAUUGCUGGUUGUGGAAACAAAGCAAGAUAUUGCCGAAGCACAACAAUUGCUUAAAAUCUGCUCGGAAUAUAUUUUGGGUUUGAAACUCGAAACCGAACGCAAAGGACUUCCUAAAUCUACUCUGGACGAACAGAAACGUCUAUGCGAAAUGGCGGCUUACUUUACACAUUGUAAAUUACAACCUGUUCAUCAGAUUCUAACUCUUCGAACGGCCUUGAAUAUGUUCUUCAAGCUGAAAAAUUACAAAACAGCAUCAUCGUUUGCCAGACGACUUUUAGAAUUGGGUCCACGGCCAGAGGUGGCUCAGCAAGUACGUAAAAUCCUACAAGCAUGCGAAGUUAAUCCUGUGGAUGAACAUGCUUUGCAAUAUGAAGAAUUCAAUCCGUUUAAUAUUUGCGGCAUCAGUUAUAAGCCCAUUUACAGAGGAAAACCUGAAGUAACAUGUCCGUUCUGUGGAGCUUCGUAUGAUCCACAACACAAAGGAAGUUUGUGUAAUGUGUGUGAAGUUAGUGAAAUUGGAAAGGAUUCAAUCGGAUUGAGAAUAUCUAAUCUGCAAUUCCGUUAAAAUUCUAUUUUCAUAUUGAUUGAAUAUUUUUUUUUUGAAAUUUUUGUUCGUCUAAUCUUAUAACCAAUAUUGUAUCCAAUGCAUUAUAUAAAAUAAAUUUAGUUAUCUUAGAAAUCUUUAUAAUAGAUUUUUGCCUUUAAA